ACCCAUAUUAGGAGCCAUUAGCCACCAGUUAAGCCACUUGGAGCUUGGGAAGGAGCACUUGCCUGUUUCUUGACUAGAGUCAACUGAUUUAAGGCCAGCAUUGUUCUCGGCUCAAGUCUCCUUGUCAAGAUGUCGGCCAACAUGCAGCUCUUCCGUCCCAUCAUGGCCGCCCUGCGGUCCGGGGCCAACCGUGCGCCUUCUGGCGCCCGCGGCUUUGCCAGCAGCGCUGGCUCCGACAGCAUCCUUGUGUCGGAUAUCACCCCGACGGGCAACCGCACUUCCGUAAUGGUUGGUCUUAUGAACCACUUCCAGAGCGGAGCUUCCAAGGUUGGCUACUUUGAGCCCGUUGCCGGCAAGAACGGCGAGAUCCUGUCUCGUGUCUUCAACCUGUCGGGUGAGACCGCUGGCGCCUCCGCCGCUGAGGCCUCCAAGCUGCUUGCUGAUGGCAAGAAGGAUGACCUGAUGGACCAGAUCUACACCAAGUUCCAGGCCAGCAAGUCCGGAAAGGACCUGACCGUUGUUGGUGGAACUGGCACGGACCUGGAUGCCACUGUUGCUCAGGCCCUGAGCACCCCCGUGCUGCUGACCAUGACCGCCGACCGCAGCAUGUCUGCCGAGGACAUCUACACCACCGCGCUCUCCAAGCGCCAGGCCUUCGCUGACAAGAAGGUGGACGUCGUUGGCCUGAUGCUGACCGGUGUCCCCAAGUGCAAGCUGGCUGCUCUGAACGGCGACCUGAAGGAGAAGCUGGCCAAGUCCGGCCUGCCCCUGGUCGGUGCCCUGCCCGAGGAGGACCUGCUGUCUAGCCUCUCCCUGGAGGAGGUCCGCAAGGCCGUGAUUGCCCAGACCAAGGCUGCCUUCGACCAGCACGUUGACGUCAACACCGUCGUGGCUGGCCUGCAGAAGCCUAAGUCCACCGACUACGUCUCCCCCAAGGCCUUCCAGUACGGCAUCUUCCAGUCUUGCCUGGCCAACCCCCAGCACAUCGUGCUGCCUGAGUCGUCCGACAAGCGUAUCCUGGCUGCCGCUGUUGAGGUCACCCAGCGCCGCCUGGCCAAGGUCACCGUCCUGGGCAACCCCGAGACCGUCGCCGCUGAGGCCAAGAAGCUGGGCCUGGACCUGACCGGCGUCAACGUCGUUGACCCCAACUCUUCGGCUCGCAUGGACCACUACGUGUCGAUGCUGGUGGAGGCCCGCAAGUCGAAGGGCAUGACCCCCGAGGAGGCCCUGAAGACCCUGCAGGGCGACAUCAACUACUUCGGCACCAUGAUGGUUGCCGCCGGCGACGCUGACGGCAUGGUGUCCGGUGCCAUGCACACCACCGCCGCCACCAUCCGCCCCGCCCUGACCAUGCUCCGCACCCCGGACAAGAACCUGGUCUCCUCCAUCUUCUUCAUGUGCCUGGAGGACCGCGUGCUGGUGUACGGUGACUGCGCCGUCGUCGUGAACCCCAACCCCGAGGACCUGGCCCGUGUCGCCGCUACCUCGGCUGACACCGCCGCCGCCUUCGGCUUCGACCCCCGCGUGGCCAUGCUGUCGUACUCCACCCUGGGCUCCGGCGCUGGCCCCGAGGUCCAGAAGGUGACCGACGCCACCGCCAUCGUCAAGUCCAAGCGCCCCGACCUCAAGGUGGAGGGCCCCCUGCAGUACGAUGCCUCUGUCGACAUGAGCAUUGCCAAGACCAAGAUCAAGGGCGGCAGCGCUGUGGCCGGCAAGGCCAACGUGUUCGUGUUCCCUGACCUGAACACCGGCAACAACUGCUACAAGGCCGUGCAGCAGAGCACGGGCGCCAUUGCCAUGGGCCCCGUCAUGCAGGGUCUGUCCAAGCCCGUCAACGACCUGUCCCGCGGCUGCACCGUGCCCGACAUUGUCAACACCAUCUGCGUGACCUCCAUCCAGGCCAUGUUCCAGAACAAGAAGAAGUAAAGCCCCAUAACCAUUGUUUACUUCACCCUAGUGGCUUGGGCUGUGGCGAGAUGGGACGUGUUUGGGUGUGAUUAACCUGGCUGGAUAGCCUCAAUUCUUUCCCAUGACCUACACUUGGGCAAUAUGGGCAGGCGACCAAAAGGGCAUGGCUCUUGGUGCCCAACAUUACAUACUGUUGCUCAUGCGGUUGUGGAACGCAGCAAUUCUAUGCUUACCAAUUUACAUACUACAUUAAAGCAGUGGUCGGUACGAAAACAUGUUCGUUCGGCUGUGGUGUUUCGGAUUUCGCCUAAAUCGGAUUUUGGAUCGGACCUUGGAUCGGACCUGCCUAGCAAAGUCCCGAUAGUGAUCCUGCUCUCUGAUCUUCCCUUGCUAAUGUGGUUCAGUUCUAUGAAUCAUGGCCACAGGUGUAUUUUGUUUCGGCUUGCUAUAGUGCCUGGCGCAGUGUUGGCCCGGACGUCGUGUUGACCUUUGACCUCUAAAUGUUAGAGGCCAAGUUGCACGAUAAUGUAAAAGGAUUGUUCUG